AUGACGCAACUAAUCCCGAUCCUCUUCGCCUUAGUCUCGAUCAUACUGCUUAUCCCAGUGUCAGCUAUACCACAGGCAGACACGUUACACCUCGCCAACGCAAGGAUACUCCCUCCACUCGGUGAUGGCAUAUCAUCACAAAAAUUCGAUCUCAUCGCGGAUAUUCUCGAGUUCAACUCGACGAUCAGAUUCGCUCUAGAGACCAACGACGACCUCAUCUCACAGGAUGCCCGAGCCCAGAAUUGGAUCGGUUAUGGUCAGACGGACAGUGGAAACCAGCUCAGCAACGGGCUGCACAUGACCAAAGGAACAUCGUGGAUACAAGGAAGAACCGGUGAAGAAUGGGAUAAUGCAGGGUGGGCGCGGCUCGCUCUCAGCCAAGCGAAAGAAGGUGUCAGCUUUGAUGGAACAUUCACCUUGUUCCACUCCCAGUAUGAAAUCCAACUAGAGGGGAAUGAUGGUGAGCUGUCAAGAAUGAUAGCCCAGAAACAAGACUCCGACUUCAUAGGCGGCAAUCAAACAUCACAUUCAUCGUGUGCGACUGCUCCAGAAGACUUCCUAACAAGACGUCAGCUUGGAUUGGUCAAUGCAUGGAGCGACAACCUGGAGAGUACCAUCGGCAAUACCGAUGGUUGUCCGAAGACCAGACAGGUUGCAAAUAUUGGUAUCAUGACUGAUUGCACAUAUACUGCAAGCUUUAAUUCGUCGGAUUCUGCCCGCAGAUACAUUCUGAACAUGGUGAAUACCGCCUCGGUCGUGUUCGAAAACAGUUUCAACAUCUCCAUCAGCAUCCAGAAUUUGACGAUCAGUGACGAGCAGUGCCCCAGUACUACCUCACAGUCAACGGCGUGGAAUACACCUUGCUCCAAUGGAGACAUGAACUCUCGCCUCCAGGCAUUUUCCUCAUGGAGGGGCUCCAUCAAUGACAACAAUGCCUACUGGACACUUUUGACCGGGUGCUCAGUGAAUGGAGGCGAGGUCGGCGUUUCGUGGAUUGGGGCACUCUGCAACUCUGGCUCUGGAGGCUCCAGUAACGGCGGAGCAAGUGCCAAUGUCGUCGCGCGGACGCAAUCCGAAUGGCAGGUCUUUGCCCAUGAAUCGGCUCAUACCUUCGGUGCGGUACACGAUUGCGACUCGACAGCCUGUGGAGGAUCCGGGCGCUCACAAUGUUGCCCCAUGUCUUCUAGCAGCUGUGAUGCUGAUGGGCAAUACAUCAUGAAUCCUGUAUCAGGACGCGGGAUGACACGCUUCUCUCCGUGCACUAUUGGAAACGUGUGCUCCCGGAUGGGGUCCGGCCAGGUUGACUCGCAGUGCCUGGUGGGCUCCGAUGGGAACAGUACUGGAACUAGCGGCCAGUGUGGAAACGGCAUCGUCGAGGCAGGAGAGGCGUGCGAUUGUGGAGACGGCGCGUGUGAUGAGCGUGAAACCCAAUGCUGUGAUUCUUUGACCUGUCAGUGGAAAGGAGGAAGUGAUUGUCGAUCCGAUACUCGAGGAGGAAAUGAUGGAGGGAGGGGAACCACUGGGACUGGAACUGGAAGUGGUUCAUCGAAUGGCGAUUCACUGUCGUCAUGGGUCAAUGAUCAUCUCACGUUGGUCAUUGGACUCGCAGCUGGAAUCGGAGGGGCGUUACUGCUGCUAGUGUUCGGAUGCAUUAUUUGUUCUUGCAGACGCCCAAAAAGCCCCAAAAUCCCCAUCCAGCGGUGA